UCGAUUCAUUUCUUCUCCUUUACUACAUAGUGAUUCAUUUACUAAACAAUAAUGGCGCAGAGCUCUUGUUUUACAGAGGGGGAUUAUUAUCAGACGCGUUUUGAUCCGAGAGCCUACAUAAGUAAUUUUUAUUCCCGUCCAGAAGGACACUCUGAUGAGAAGAAUUAUCUUAUUUUUGUUUUAGGAUGCCUACGCAGGAUUUUUUCUACUGGCAAGUUCAAAGGACGUAAGCUGAUUGAUGUUGGAAGCGGACCGACGAUUCACACCGUGAUCAGCGCGUGCGAGCAUUUCGACGAGCUCGUGCUGUCUGAUUUCGUGGACAAGAAUCGGGAAGAGGUCACGAAAUGGGUGAAGAACGAGGAAGGGUGCUUUGACUGGAUGCCCAUCAUUGAAUACGUGUGUGAAAUGGAUGGUAAAAGCUCAUCUGAUGUGGAAGUGAAACUGAGACAGCGGGUGAAACAAGUGCUGAAAUGUAACGUCCUCUUAGAAAACCCUUUCCAUCCAGAGGUCGUUGAGCCAGCAGAUUGUGUGAUAACGUCCCUGUGUCUCGAGGCGGCAUGUAAAGACUUGCAGUCAUACAGAGAUGCGCUUUGUGGAGUAGCUAAGUUGCUUCAUCCAGGUGGAGUUCUGGUGAUGGUUGGGGUUUUAGGAGAAACCUUCUACUAUGUUGAUAAAACCCGUUUUUCCUGUCUCCAGUUGAGCAAAGAAAAUGUCGAAGAUGUUCUCUGCAAGCUCGGCUUCACUGUGCAGGAAUUCAACAUUUUUCCAGCACAGGAUCGAGAGAACAACAAAGUUUCUGAUUUUGAAGCUUUCUUCUUUAUUGUUGCUCUGAAGUCUAUCAAGACAAUUUAGGGAUGUGACAAAUGGUUUGCUGGUUAUAAUAUACUGCGUUGUUGAAUGGGAUGUAAGCAUGAAGACUUUGUAAAUAAAAUCGUCCAGGCUUAGAUUGAACAUUUCUGAUGGUUACAGAAUUGCAAAAUUAUCUGAUUUAUAAAUCUUUACAGGAGGAUAAAGUUCAUUUUGGAAGUUCUUUCCAGCAGUGAUGGCUGGUUGUAAUAUUAGAUUCGAGGAUUAAAAUAUAUCAAUACAAAAACACAAUUUGAUGGUAUAAUAAGAAUGAUUUGGGGCAAACUAUUUCUCUCUCACUCUCUCUCUCUCUCUCUCUCUCUCUCACACACACACACACACACACACACACACACACACACACGAGUCUAUAAAGCUGUACUGGGUUAAUACUGAAAUUCCACUGAAUACCAAAAAGAGUUUGUCUGAUACUAUUUUAUACCAAAAAUUGUUAAACUACAGAUCUGUCAGCUGUCCUUUUGUGAACUUUGUACUUAGUCUGUUUACAUUUACUUUCUACUCCAAAGGCAAAAAAGGAUGAUACAGAAAAUAAGCCUUGUUCAUGUUUAUUACACUGGGGAUUUUAUUUCAUGUGUGCCUUCGUAUGUGCUCGAGGUAUUUUCUAGAGGUUUCAGUGACACAUGCUGAAACAUAUCACCCAAAAUGCAGGUGUAAUCACAUGACAUGACUGUCUGAUUGGAACUACAAUAAGGGCUAGACAGAAAUCAGCACCAUGAUACAACCUUGAACAAGACAAAAUUCUGAGAAGGAACAGGUAAUCAGCACAUUUAAUGUAAAUGAGAGAUUCAUGGGAGAAAAGAAGAGGUUUUA